AUGCUAGCCGUUGCAGAUGGCAACGGAUCCUAUGGCAGCUGCAGCAGCCCUAGAAUGAGUAACAAUAUCAUUUAUAAUAAAAAUACGGACUCCUCUGUCUCUAUAUCGAAGAUGGACGUGAUCAUCCCGUUCUCACCAGACGUACCCUGUGACAGCAAUGGUCAGCGCAUGUGGUGGGCUUUCCUCGCCUCAUCCAUGGUGACGUUCUUCGGGGGUCUCUUCAUCAUCCUCCUGUGGAGGACCCUCAAGUACCUGUGGACUGUCUGCUGCCAUUGCAACAUCAAACAUAAGGAGGCACAGAAGGUGAAUAACCCUAUGAACAGUCAGGCUGAUGGAGCACCAAAGAUUUUGGGUGAUAAAGACGAAGCCCCAGCCAGUGAGGUGGGCUGGAUGACCUCUGUCAAAGACUGGGCGGGGGUCAUGAUCUCAGCACAGACCAUUACCGGCAGAGUUCUGGUGGUGUUGGUUUUUGCACUCAGCAUUGGAGCUCUGGGAAUAUACUUCAUAGAUUCUUCGGAUCCUAUAGAAUCCUGUCAGAAUUUCUACAAAGACUUCACAUUACAAAUUGACAUGGCAUUCAACGUGUUCUUCUUACUCUACUUUGGCCUGCGUUUCAUAGCAGCCAAUGACAAGCUGUGGUUCUGGUUGGAGGUGAACUCAGUGGUGGACUUCUUCACUGUACCACCUGUGUUCGUUUCAGUGUAUCUAAACAGGAGCUGGCUGGGUCUGAGGUUUCUAAGGGCCUUGAGAUUGAUACAGUUCUCAGAAAUUUUACAGUUUUUGAAUAUCUUAAAAACAAGUAAUUCCAUCAAGCUGGUGAACCUGUGUUCCAUCUUCAUAAGCACAUGGCUCACUGCUGCAGGAUUCAUUCAUCUGGUGGAAAACUCAGGAGAUCCAUGGGAGAACUUCCAAAACUCCCAACCGCUCUCAUAUUGGGAAUGUGUGUACUUAUUAAUGGUCACUAUGUCCACGGUGGGAUAUGGAGACGUCUAUGCAAGAACCACUCUUGGACGCCUUUUCAUGGUCUUCUUCAUUCUCGGUGGUCUGGCCAUGUUUGCCAGCUACGUCCCUGAAAUCAUAGAGUUAAUAGGAAACCGCAAGAAAUAUGGUGGUUCCUAUAGUGCAGUAAAUGGCAGAAAGCACAUUGUCGUCUGUGGUCAUAUCACUCUCGAAAGUGUUUCCAACUUCCUUAAAGACUUCCUACACAAGGACAGGGAUGAUGUCAAUGUAGAAAUUGUUUUUCUUCAUAAUAUUUCCCCUAAUCUUGAGCUGGAAGCCUUGUUCAAACGUCACUUUACUCAGGUGGAAUUCUAUCAAGGAUCAGUCCUCAACCCACAUGAUCUAGCAAGAGUAAAGAUCGAGUCAGCUGAUGCCUGCUUGAUUCUUGCAAACAAAUACUGUGCAGACCCCGAUGCUGAAGAUGCCUCCAAUAUAAUGAGGGUAAUAUCUAUCAAGAACUACCAUCCAAAGAUCAGAAUAAUAACUCAGAUGUUGCAGUACCACAACAAGGCCCAUCUGCUAAACAUUCCCAGCUGGAACUGGAAGGAAGGCGAUGAUGCGAUCUGCUUGGCCGAGCUGAAGGCAGGCUUCAUUGCCCAGAGCUGCCUGGCACAGGGCCUGUCCACCAUGCUCGCCAAUCUCUUCUCCAUGAGGUCAUACAUCAAGAUUGAGGAGGACACGUGGCAGAAGUAUUAUCUGGAGGGAGUGUCCAAUGAAAUGUACACUGAGUACCUGUCCAGUGCCUUUGUGGGGCUUUCAUUUCCUGCAGUUUGUGAGUUGUGCUAUGUGAAGCUCAAGUUGUUGUUGAUUGCUAUCGAGUACAAGUCAGAGCAGAGGGAAAGCAGUAUUCUGAUCAACCCCGGAAAUCAUGUUAAGAUGCAAGAGGGGACGCUGGGAUUCUUUAUCGCCAGUGACGCCAAAGAGGUGAAAAGAGCAUUUUUCUACUGCAAAGCUUGUCAUGAUGACAUCGCAGAUCCCAAAAGGAUUAAAAAGUGUGGCUGCAAAAGAAUCAUUUAUUCCAAGAUGUCCGUCUACAAGCGAAUGAAACUGGCAUGUUGUUUUGAUUGCGGGCGCUCUGAGCGUGACCGCUCAUGCAUGUCAGACAGUGUACAUAGUAACAUGGACAGUCUUCAGAGGGCCUUCCCACUUUCUUCUGUCUCUGUUCAUGAUUGCUCAACCAGUUUACGUGCCUACUCUUCAGCCAAAUAUAAGUUUAACAGAUAUGUCAGAUCACCAGCAGAUGGCGCUACAACUCCAGGGAAAAUGGGAUUGCUGAGACAGUCUGGGGUUCGGUUCAAAGCUGAGAGCAUUUUAGUCGAAGACGAGCAUCCGUCAACACUGUCACCCAAAAAGAAGCAGCGCAAUGGAGGCAUGCGAAAUUCACCCAACUGCUCACCCAAAAUGAUGAGACAUGACCCUCUACUCAUUCCAGGAAAUGAGCAGAUCGAGAACAUGGAUGCUAAUGUGAAGAGAUAUGACUCCACUGGAAUGUUUCACUGGUGUCCAUCCAAAGAGAUUGAGAAGGUCAUUCUGACACGCAGCGAGGCCUCCAUGACAGUUUUAAGUGGACAUGUAGUUGUCUGUAUUUUUGGAGAUGUCACGUCAGCUUUAGUGGGGCUUCGAAACUUGGUGAUGCCUUUGAGAGCAAGCAACUUCCAUUUUCACGAGCUAAAACCCAUCGUGUUUGUGGGCUCAUUAGACUAUCUGAGAAGAGAGUGGGAAACCCUUCACAACUUCCCCAAAGUCUCCAUCUUACCUGGUACGCCAUUAAGUCGAGCUGACUUGAGGGCCGUCAACAUCAACCUCUGCGACAUGUGUGUUAUCCUGUCAGCCAAUCAGAACAAUAUCGACGAUGCUUCACUGCAGGACAAGGAAUGCAUUUUGGCGUCCCUUAACAUCAAAUCUAUGCAGUUUGAUGACAGCAUUGGGGUUUUGCAGGCUAAUUCCCAAGGAUUUACACCUCCUGGGAUGGAUCGGUCUUCUCCAGAUAACAGUCCAGUGCACGGCUUAGUGCGGCAGGCAUCCGUCACCACCGGGUCAAACAUCCCCAUCAUAACUGAACUUGCUAAGCCUGGCAAACUACUGCCAUUGAUUUCAUUCAGUCAGGAAAAAAACAGUGGAACCAACAUACAAAUGAUAACAGAACUGGUGAAUGACUCCAACGUUCAGUUUUUGGACCAAGAUGAUGAUGAUGACCCAGAUACGGAGCUGUAUCUGACCCAACCGUUCGCCUGUGGUACUGCGUUUGCUGUCAGCGUGUUGGACUCCCUUAUGAGUGCGACAUACUUCAAUGAUAAUAUCCUCACCCUGAUCCGGACGCUGGUCACAGGAGGCGCCACUCCGGAGCUGGAGGCCCUGUUGGCUGAGGAGAAUGCGUUGAGAGGUGGCUACAGCACGCCGCAGACCCUCGCUAACAGGGACAGGUGUCGGGUCGCCCAGCUGGCCCUGUACGAUGGGCCCUUCGCAGACUUGGGGGAUGGCGGUUGCUAUGGGGACUUAUUUUGUAAAGCAUUAAAAACAUACAACAUGCUGUGCUUUGGAAUCUAUAGAUUACGAGAUGCACAUUUAGGGACAACAAGCCAGUGCAUGAAAAGAUAUGUCAUCACAAACCCGCCUUACGAGUUUGAGCUAGUGCCCACAGACCUGAUCUUCUGUCUGAUGCAGUUUGACCACAACGCGGGCAAGUCCCGAGCGAGCCUGUCCCACUCUUCCCAUUCCUCCCAUUCAUCCAGCAAGAAGAGCUCUUCAGUUCAUUCCAUCACCGCCACGAACCGUCAGAACCGCAGCAGCAAAGCGCGAGAAGCCCGGGACAAACAGAAUGCAACAAGGAUGAAUAGAAUGGGCCCAGAAAAGAGAUGGUUUACAGAUGAAGCAGAAAAUGCAUACCCAAGGAACAUUCAAAUCAAGCCCAUGAGCACUCACAUGGCCAACCAAGUCAAUCAGUACAAAUCCACAAACAGUCUGAUUCCACCAAUCCGAGAAGUCGAAGAUGAAUGCUGAACGAAUUCCCCGGCCUUACCAUCAUGGAGGGAGUUGGGUCAUCUUGCUGUGAAAAAUGAGAUGUAAUCGAGAAAUGUUGACGCCGCCGACACAUUGUUCUUCACUUGUAUAACUCGAAGGUUCGAAGUGAUCAGAGAACUGGAAGAGGGACCUCCUAUGUGUAUACCUUUAAUGUUACUUCCAUACUUUUGUAUAUGUAUACAUAGUGAUGUACAUAAUGACAAUCAUGUAAGGAUUGUACAGCCGCUAGAACUUUUUAAAUUUAUGUUAACAGGCAAAAAAAAAAAGGCAAAAAAAAAAGUACUUCCUGUGAUUCUUUGCAAUAUCUCACCUCUGCCGUGACCUGACUCCAUGCAGAGGGUGUAUAUUAUGGAGGAUGAGGGUCACACCUUCAUUCACUUCAUCCAAACACUACCCAAAGAUACUCUUCAGAAGCUUCACAUCAGCCUCACUGAUUGAGUUGCAUAUCCUUUUCCGUUUCUGUUUUGCACUACAAGUUACCACAUAAUAACUUGAGCGUUGCUCACGACUAGGGAAGAGUAAAAGCUUUCUUUCGUUUGUCCUCUGAGUUGGGUGAGAUGGGGCUACAGUUGGGCUGUUAAAGGAAUGGCUUUGUUCGGGUAAACGUGUUACAAGUGUUUGCGUGACAGGGUAGGCUUUGACCGUACUCCUGCCUGAUGUGUUGCCUGAAGUAACCUGAACGUAUAGCUCUGCAAAAGGAUGCUCAUUUCCAUCCAUAUAGACUGUUCAGACAUGAAUAUAUAGAGCAUAUGGAAAUGUGUUUGCUGUACUUUUCAUUUAAUGCAAAAGGUAGUCCCCAAUGUAGCUCUUUGAAAUCGGCAAUACACUGAGGAUAUGCACUACUUUCGUUGAUCUCUUUCCAUUAUCCAUGACUGGCUGGUGUGGCAAGUGUUUGGGAAACUGUCUGUGAUCAAGGCUUAUAGUGUGUUUGUUUGGAAGAGGCUCAGAAUCACUCGUUUGCAUCUGCGGUUCUGCUAUUAACACGACUGAAUGAUGAUUAAUAUCACCUGCUGAUAAUUUAACAAUGAUUGAGCUUUUUAUGCUAAAAACUUUAUGUACUUGAAAUGAAGCUGGCAUGAAAAAUAAAAGUAAAUAAAUAAAUUGCCACAUAUUGCGAAAAGUGGGCAUCAUUGGUUCCUCCUUUGGGUGUAGCCACUGCCUGACACAGGGUUGGCACAGGGGCAGAAAAGUGCUUGGAUGUUCUCUGUGACCAACCAUGAUGCCUUAAUCUCUGUUGUUGACAAAGACAUGCAUAAGCUCAAUCGUUAUUUACAAUUAUCAGCCAAAAAAAAAGAAAAAAAAAAGUUGUGAGUGAUGAAACUUGAUAUCAAGGCUACACAUUUAUGUUAUACCUUUGUUAAGUAGAACAUAUACUAAUACAAACGCUUCACAGAAGAACUUUAUACUUUGCUUUAAAUGCUCUGUCAGAUUUAUACACAAGUACAUACUUAUUUUUUAUCCAUGAGCAUAUUCAUUUUGUACUUAUUUUUAUACAUAUCAAAAAACUUUAUUUCUAAAUGUAUCUUAUAUCUUAAGAGCUAUAGUGCACACCGGUUUGGUUUCUGGUCCAGUUUUACCCCUGACAACAGAACAUGUCACCAAACAUCAAACAGGACAAGUAAAAAAAUCUCUGAUCCGAGUCAAAAAGGUACAGUUUCAGCUUUCCAUUUGGAGUGGUCUUUGAUACUUUCACUGGAUGCUUUGAAGGACCUCUGUAGCUAUACUACUAAAACAGUGUGUGCUUUCAUUUUCAUAAGCUAACAGAGAUUAAACCAAACAUUGAAUGACUGAUGGGGAGGGGGGAGGGGGGGUCUAUUUCUGUUAGGAGUGUAGAGAUAAUACUAUUAUUGAUGUUUGACCUAAAUUAGGUCUCUGUAAAGGUCUCUCAAAAUGCGUUUCAAUUCGUGCAGUGAAAAGAACUUAAGAUGUUCUCAAUGAGCCGUGUAGAUGAAAGAAGAUAAAAAGACAUUAGAACAGUUCCAUUCACUGAGAAAAAUAAUAAAAAUGCAUAGUGUCAAAAUAAAUUGUAUAAAUUCUGCCCAUUCUAGUCAACUUUGAUUUUCUGAAGUAAAAGGAUCUCAGCUUUAUUGUUUGUCUACUGGACAAUUAGGCUUUGAAUUGUGAUUACAUCGGUGUUACACUUUGUAGCAAGUAGAUUUCUUAAUAAAUUAAUAAUAAUUAUAAUGUGAGUAAAAUGUAUGUAGAAUUGGAUUGUCAAUAACAUACUUGCUAGCCUAAAAAAAGAGAUUUAUGAGCUAAAAGUAAUCAUAAAUACAUUGGAGUUACAGUAAAUGUCAAAUUUAUUUGAUCAUCAUUUGUUUUCCUUCUACGUAAGGUCCUUUUUCUGUAUUGAAACUAAAGUACAUUACAAAGAAAGGCCAAUGAAACAGUAAGGACAGCAGGUUUACUUUGAUGAGAAAAGUGUAGACACACCCUGAGGGCAGCAGAGAAGGCAAACUAGGGAUAACGCACAAUCCAAUCAGGUUUUUACAUUCCAUUUUGUCAUCAGCAUUUUUAAUCGGCUACAAUUAUAUACUGUAGUUUGAAAAUGUCCAAAUCGGUUGUUUGUUUACAGACCUUUUCAAAACACAAUGCUUAGGUAGCAAUCCUGAUGACAAAAAUGCAAAAUCAAGCUGGCUUAUGGAGUUUAUUUUGGUUCUUUUUGUUCACUAUGUCCUAAUAAGCUGGUAUAUACUUCACCGCAACAAAUGUGUAAUGUUUUAGUGUAAUGCAUUUUAUUUGUACAUCAUGUGAAAAGAAACUACAGUGUACACAUAUCAGAGUCUUUACAGUGCCAUCAGAUGUAUCCAUCUACUAGCAUCCGUCAGUCAUUUGUUGGUCAUAUGGGGUGAAUUAAGUUCAUCAUGGCAUCUAAUACUGGCAUGGAGAACAUCCAAGCCAUCCUUGCCUCCAUGCCAGCACAGUAUCAGGCAGUGUAGGAAGACCAAAGGAGGAACUCUAUAAGACCCACUAAAGCGAAAAGUGGCAUUAUGACUGGCAUAAAGACACAUGUGCCUAUGCAAGCUGUUAAAAAUCCUUUCACCUUGAUUAUGAACAAGAUAUUUCAAUUCAAAGGAGACCGCAAUGACUGAAAGAUGCUGUGUAGAGCUAAAUAUUUUUCGUUGGAUCACCUGUUAUUGUAUUCAAGAGAAAAAGCAACCUUACUGAUGUGAUAUGUAAUACACAACUGUCAUAUUGCAUAUUUUGGCUAUUUUAUUCUACUGUAAAAGACACAAAGUUUUAGAAAGUGUAAAAGAAAAAAAACACUGUUACAGAAUAAAUACUUGGAGGAAAUUAAGUCUUAACAUGCUGAAAUUGCAUAUGGAGUACUGUUUUGUUGCUGUCUUUUCUUCCACUAUAAUAAAUAAUCAAAAACAUUCAUAUAUACAGUACAUGUAAUUAUUGGCAUAUUCAUUACAUGAAAAAUGAGUUGCUCAUAGCAGAAUUGGAUUUGACUAAUGGAAGUGAAGAAUUUGCUGGUGCUGAGCUGAUCUACCUGACUCUGUCAAAUAUAACCUGCUGAUUAACAUACUGUCUUGUACAAAAAGUUUGUACAUAAAUUGUACAUGGUUUCUUUUUGUAUUUUCUCAAAUUAAAAUGGAUGUAUUUGUGUUC